AUGCCGUCAGACGCAGAACACGACGAGGCUGCCUCUCCCGAGGACAAUUACAGGCCUGCAAAGCGGAAGAGGAUCGCACUAGCAUGCCACAGCUGUAGAGAGCGCAAAGUCCGGUGCGACGGAAGCAAGCCGCUCUGUGGGCCGUGUGGCAAGCGGGGCGAAGAUGCCUCGAACUGUAGCUACACGGUCCUCGCAAACAGCGCCAAGCGGGUCAGCGAGCAAGAAUACAUUGAAUCUCUCCAGUCUCAGGUGCGAGACCUACAGCAGGUCAUUACCGACCUAAGACAACAUUCAGGGGCAGCCUGCAGUAGCCAAGGCCUGGGUCACGCCACCAAUCCAGCUGCAGGGAACCGAACAUCUGAAGGCAUUAAUCAUGACGACCAAGGGCCAGCCACUACAUCAUCGGCUGGGGAUACCAUUUCACACGGGCAAAGUUCAUUAGCGAAUGAUGACAAUCCACCCCUCAGGCCAGAACAUCAUACAUUCCCUCCAACGCUAGAUGCAGGCAAGGAGCCAAGUGGUCCCAGCCCUAUCAGUGCCAUGGGAGCUACCAUCGCCGUCCAGACCGAGCCACUCAUUUCAAGAGGAAAUGAGUUUUAUGGGCAAUCAUCUGUCUUGUCCCUGCUGCGAGAGAUUCCCCAGUCAGAGGGCCAACACACAGGUCAACAUGCCCAAGCUAAUCCAGCUGAGCGUCAACCGAAUACACCUAGAGGACACUCCUCCGGUAUUCGCUCAGCUGGGAGCAGUUUGGGCGCGAUGCUGCAAUCACAAUAUGCACUACCACCCCGCGAGAUUGCGGACAAUCUCAUGCUCCUCUACUUCUCGCACGUACACGUACUUUACCCAUUGAUCCAUUCCCUGGGUUUCCAGAGUCGAUAUGAAGCGCUCUGGACUCGAAGCGGAUAUCAAGAUCCGCAAACUGAUGACGGCCCCGACAUUGGCCUCGGAAGUAGUGGAUGCCCACGGCCUGUGUUUUUCUGCGCUCUCAAUGCCAUGCUUGCGCUGGGGUGCCAGUUCUCGGAUCUGUCGCCGGAGGAAAAGGACGGGGCAUGUGCCACGUUCUAUGGCAGAAUGAAAGAUCUCCUGCACAUUGAACUUCUCGAUAAUGGCACCGUCUCUCAUGUGCAGGCCUUGCUUCUGGCGGGCCAUUACUUGCUUUGCACCCAGUACCCAACUCGCUGCUACAACAUUAUCGGGCUUGCAUGUCGCAUGGCUGUCGGCCUUGGACUCCAUGCGAAUAAAUGUUCCGAACGUCACUCAUUCACCGAGAUUGAGAUCCGGCGUCGAGUAUGGUACGGCUGUCUACAGAUGGAAAUGACUGUAAGUAUGACUCUGGGUCGUCCACCGUCAAUGCGCAUUAUCAACGAUGUGCCGCUCCCCAGUCCCAUCGACGACGCGCAUCUCCCCCUCCAUGGAAAUGGAAGCCAUCAGCCAGAAGGGCCCUAUUCCGUCAAUCUCUUUACCGUUGAAAACAUCAAACUUGCAAAGAUCCUUGCCAUCAUCCUGGACCAGAUAUACCACCCAGCGUCGACAGAGCCUUCAUUCAGAAGCCACCCGGUCUCGCAUCCAAAUCAUCAAGACCUAAGCACAGUGAUGCACCUUGAUACCUUGCUGGAGGAUUUCAAAAACUCACUACCUGAUGAGAUACACUGGGAUCGUGUCGCAGAAAUGUCUACAGAAACCUCAUUGGUUAUAAAACGCCAGUCCAAUGUUCUCCACGCACGAUAUCUCCACUUAAAGAUCCUUCUUUACCGCCCAAACUUCUCCUGGUUCUGCUCGUCGACGCGCUCGGAACUGCAAAGGCGUGAGCACGUCGACUCAUCCAAUGCAACCCCGGGUCGUCCAAAGGAAAGCAAGUUAGCAAUGGCCUUGCUAGCUCCAUGCGCCGUGGCCUGCGUUGACGCAGCCUGUGAUCUUGUCAGAUUGCUGGAACGUGCCAAAAGUGAAGAUGCCACUGCCGCAUGGUGGUUCGGCUUAUUCUAUCUCAUAACGUCCGGGACCAUCCUUAUUCUGGCGGAGUGCAUACAGUCAAAUAAACCACACUUUGACCAAGCACAACUAGACGCAGCGUGGGAGAGCUGUCUUAGGACCUUGAAACACAUGGGUGACAGUCAUUCCCGAGCUCAAGGCUAUAUACAAUCGCUCAAGCUUUUACGAGAGCGCGCUCUAUCAACGUAUAGUACUACUCGCGAACAAUCCAGGCAACCUACGUCAGCGUCUCAGCACCGCCAGACUACAAACGCCGAUACCAUUCCACACUCUGUGCACCCACAAUCUAGAAAUCGGGUUAGUGAGAUGGAUGACAGAGGUGACGAAGAAGGAGUUGCUCUUGGUUGGGUGGACGACUUUGAUGAGUUUGGAGUCACGCCUUUGCUCGAGAACUGGGAGGCCGGCCUUGAGAACAUCAUGAUGCCUUCCAACAUCGGAGGGGACUUUGGAAUCGGAUAUCCUGGAUCCAGCUUUUUAUGAAUUAGAGACCGAGGCGUCAUUGAAUCUCAAAUGCAUUUCACAUUUAAA